UUCUGUUUCAGUCUGAUUCAGAGAGACUCACCUGAUCUCAGCUAUGAGUCCAUGAAGAGUCGGUGAUCCACCAUGAAGGUCCAGAGAGGAGGACGGUUCUACUGAGAGGACAUUCAGCUACAACUCAACCAGCCAAUCAAGACUCCAACAAAACGGAAAACUUGGAAGUGUGAGCUCAUUUGAGAUACUCUAAUAUACCAACACAAAAAGCUGUGUGUGUGGAGAGUAAAACCUCAGUGAUGGAGCUUCAUCACUCCAGCAGUGGAGGAAGAACCUCUGAUUCAAAAGUGAAGCAUGGAGGAUCUCCAGUGUCCAGCUGUGUGUCUGAGAAGAGUGACCAGUUCAUAGGAGACUUUCCUAAUUUCAAGAGAGGAGGAGAACACAGCUGUGUGUCUAUGAAGAGUGACCAGUCCAUAGGAGACUUUCCUCAUUUCCAGAGAGGAGGAGAACACAGCUGUGUGUCUGUGAAGAGUGACCAGUCCAUAGGAGACUUUCCUCAUUUCAAGAGAGGAGAACACAGCUGUGUGUCUAUGAUGAGUGACCAGUCCAUAGGAGACUUUCGUCAUUUCAAGAGAGGAGGAGAACACAGCUGUGUGUCUGUGAAGAGUGACCGGUCCAUAGGAGACGUUCCUAAUUUCAAGAGAGGAGGAGAACCCAGCUGUGUGUCUGUGAAGAGUGACCGGUCCAUAGGAGACGUUCCUAAUUUCAAGAGAGGAGGAGAACCCAGCUGUGUGUCUAUGAAGAGUGACCAGUCCAUAGGAGACUUUCCUCAUUUCAAGAGAGGAGGAGAACCCAGCUGUGCGUCUAUGAAGAGUGACCAGUCCAUAGGAGACUUUCCUCAUUUCAAGCGAGGAGGAGAACCCAGCUUUGUCUCUAUGAAGAGUGACCAGUCCAUGUUGAAGUCAGCACAGUCCAGUGGAGGGAGAGGAACCUCUGACUCAGGCCAGAGCUCCACAGUGGAUGAUGUCCUUCACAGAGUCUUAGAGAGACACAAAAACAGCAUGAAGAACAAGUACGAGAGCUUAUUUGAGGGAAUCAGAACAGAAGAGAAUAAAACCCUCCUGAACAGGAUUUACACACAGCUCUACAUCAUAGAGGGAGAGAGUGAAGGAGUGAAUGAAGAACAUGAGGUUCUACAGAUGGAAAAAACAACCAGAGGACGCUUACAAGACUCUCCAAUCAACUGCUUAGACAUCUUUAAACCUCUACAAGGUCCUGAAGGAGAAACACGAGAAGAGAACAUUAGAGCUGUGGAGGCUGACAGACUCAGAUACAGAGAAAGAGAAGAUAACAGACCAGAAGAGCCAGAGCUCAGAGCUGCUCUGACUAAAGGCAUCGCUGGAAUUGGAAAAACUGUCUCUGUGCAGAAGUUCAUUCUGGACUGGGCUGAAGGAAAAGCCAAUCAGGAUGUAGAGCUCAUGUUUGUGCUUCCGUUCCGGGAGCUGAACCUGAUUAAAGAUGAUCAAUACAGUCUUCAUGGACUUCUGUGUGACUUCCAUCCUGAGCUCAAAGAUCUGGACCCAACGAUUUAUGAUCAGAUCAAAGCUGUGUUUAUAUUUGAUGGUCUGGAUGAAAGCAGAAUUCCACUGAACUUUGAAGAGUGUGAGAAAGUAUCUGACAUCACCGUGACAUCAUCAGUGGGUGUGUUGAUGACAAACCUCAUCAAAGGAGAGCUGCUUCCCUCUGCUCUGAUCUGGAUAACCUCCCGACCAGCAGCAGCCAAUCAGAUCCCUCCUCAAUACAUCAACCGUGUGACAGAAAUUCAGGGAUUCAGUGACCCACAGAAGGAGGAGUACUUCAGGAAGAGGAUCAGUGAUGAAGACCAAGUCCAGAGAAUCAUCUCCCACAUUAAGACAGUGAGGAGCCUCCACAUCAUGUGCCACAUUCCAGUCUUCUGCUGGAUCUCAGCCACUGUUCUUCAGCAAAUCAUGAAACAGCCUCAUACAGAAAUCCCUAAAACUCUGACUGCAAUGUACUCACACUUUCUGCUCACUCAGACCAACAUGAAGAAUGAGAAGUAUAAGGAGGAAGAUGAGAGUGACCCAAAGAACAUGCUGGAGUCCAACAGAAUCAUUAUACUGAAACUGGCUGAACUGGCUUUCAAACAGCUGAUGAAGGGCAAUGUGAUGUUCUAUGAAGAGGACCUGAGAGAGAGCAGCAUUGAUGUCACUGAGGCCUCAGUGUACUCUGGGAUUUUCACUGAGAUCUUUAGGGAGGAAUGUGUGCUUUACCAGAGGAAGGUCUACUGCUUUGUUCAUCUGAGCUUUCAGGAGUUCCUGGCUGCUCUUUAUGUGUUUCACUGCUUUGAGAUCAAGAACAUGGAGGAACUGCAGAUUUUUAAACCACUGUACAGAGAGUGGUCUGAGAAAGUCUUACUGAGGUUUUAUCCCUCACUGUUCAGUGAGUGGUCUGAGGAUGUUCCUCUGGAUGAGGUGCUGAAGGGAGCAGUGAAUAAAGCUGUAGUGAGUCAGAAUGGACACCUGGAUCUUUUCCUCCGUUUCCUGAUGGGCAUCUCACUGGAGUCCAAUCAGAGACUCCUACAGGGUCUACUGACCCCAACACAGAGCAGAUCAGAGAGAACCAGAGAGUACAUCAAGUUCUUAAUCAGAAAAGAUGGUUAUGAUAAACCAUAUGGCAUCUCAACUGAGAGGUCCAUCAAUCUGUUCCUCUGUCUAUCUGAAAUGUCUUACAAGUCUCUCUCCAAAGAGAUUCAGGAGUAUCUACAAUCAGAGAGACACUCAGAAGAGUCUCUCUCUCCUGGACAGUGUUCAGCACUAGCCUAUAUGCUUCUGAUCUCAGAGGAGGAGUUGGAUGAGCUGGACCUGAAGAAGUACAACACAUCAGAGGAGGGUUAUAAGAAACUGAUCCCAGCUCUGACUACCUGCAGAAGAGCUCUACUAGCUGGCUGCAAUCUCACUGCAACAUCCUGUGAAAAACUAGGAUCAGUGCUACAAUCCAUGAACACCUGCCUGAAAGAGCUGGACCUCAGUAACAACAAUCUGCAGGAUUCAGGAGUGGAGCUGCUGUCUGCUGGACUGAUGAGUUCUGCCUGUAAACUGGAGAUUCUUAGACUGGCUUUCUGCAAGUUUAAGGGAAUUCCUUGUGAAAAAUUUGGAUCAGCUCUGAAAUCAGUAAACUCCUCCCUGAAAGAUCUGGAUCUCAGUAACAAUGACAUUGAGGAUUCAGGAGUGGUGCUGCUCUCUGCUGGACUGAAGAGUUCUCAUUGCAAACUGAAGAAACUCAGUUUGUCUGGGUGUAUGGUUACAGAUGAAGGCUGUUCUUCUCUGGCUUCAGCUCUGAAAGUAAACCCCUCCCACCUGAGAGAACUGGAUAUGACCUAUAAUAACCCAGGAGAGUUUGGAGUGAAGCUGCUCUCUGAUCUACAGGAGGAUCCAUACUACACACUGGAGAAACUACAUAUGGAUCAUGGAGGCAAGAUGAGGAUGAAACUAGGACUGAAGAAAUAUGCUGUUGAUCUCACUCUGGAUCCAAACACAGUGAACAGUCGUCUCUCUCUGUCUGAGAGGAACAGAAAGGUGCAGUAUGUGAGAGAAGAUCAGUCGUAUCCAGAUCAUCCAGACAGAUUUAAUGGCUGUCCUCAGGUUCUGAGUGUGGAGCGUCUGACUGGACGCUGUUACUGGGAGGUUCAGUGGAAUAAAGGAGCUGAUAUAUCAGUAUCAUACAGAGGAAUCAGGAGGAAAGGAGGCAGUGAGGACUGUGGGUUUGGAUACAAUAAUCAGUCCUGGAGUCUGAACUGCCCUUAUUACAGUUACUCUGUCUGUAACAAUCAGUCCUGCUCUGGUGACUAUGUCUGUAAUUACCAGUUCUCUCUCAGACACAAUAAGAAGAACACUACAAUACCUAUCUCCGUAUCCACUUCCCGGGUCCACAGAGUAGGAGUGUAUCUGGACUGGGGGUCCGGCGUCCUGUCCUUCUACGCCAUCUCACCUAAAACACACACACUGACCCCCCUACACACACUCACCACCACAUUCACUGAACCGCUCUACGCUGGAUUUAGUGUUAGGGAGGACUCAGUGUGUCUGUGUGAAUUAGAAUAACCUGCACACAGGGUUUGUGUCAGACCAUAGGAGUGAAAAAUAUCUGUUUUUGAAAAAUGCUGUUUGCUGUUUAUCAUAUAACACUAAAAAUUAGAAAUUAUCUAGUAAAAUUAUUGAAAAAAAAGUAAACAUGAGUCUAAAAAUAAACUGUUUUCUCUAAAACGUGUGUC